GUUUUUUGUAGGGAAAGUGCAACGACCCCUAAUUCAUCACCGCAUCUUUCCUCUUGUGACUGCGUUUGACAACUCAUCGCGUUCCCUUUCGGCCAUCAUUCUGUCCUGUCAGCCUUCAUUGCCCGACUCUAAACGCACUCGCUCUCAGUAAUCUCGUCUUGAACGUUCAACAUGGCUCCUCCCCCUGCGGAAUCUGCUGCCUCACCGAUUGGCAUCGCCAAUCUCCCCAACCAGCGACACAAGAUUGUCGCAAAGAGGGGUGCAGCCUUUACGAUCAUGGUCGCUGGUGAAUCAGGCCUGGGAAAGACAACCUUCAUCAACACACUCUUCUCAACCACCAUCAAGAAUUAUCAAGAUCACAAGAGACGCCAUGCUAAGCAGGUCGACAAGACGGUGGAAAUUGAGAUCACAAAGGCUGAAUUGGAAGAGAAGUUCUUCAAAGUCCGCUUGACUGUUAUUGACACACCGGGCUUCGGCGACUAUGUCAACAACCGAGACUCCUGGAUGCCCAUCAUCGAGUUCCUUGACGACCAGCACGAGUCAUACAUGUUGCAGGAGCAGCAACCAAAACGACAGGACAAGAUCGAUCUCCGAGUCCAUACCUGCCUCUACUUCAUUCGUCCUACGGGGCACACUUUGAAGCCACUGGACAUCGAAGUCAUGAAGCGCCUCUGCACGCGUGUCAACUUGAUUCCAGUCAUUGCCAAGGCCGACACGCUCUCUCCUGCCGACCUUGCACGUUUCAAGCACCGUGUCCGAGCCGUCAUUGAGGCACAAGGCAUCAAGAUCUAUCAACCACCCAUUGAAGAUGAUGAUGAGGCUGCUGCUCAGCAUGCGCGCGCAUUGAUGGCCGCUAUGCCUUUCGCCGUCAUUGGAAGCGAGAAAGAUGUUAAGACCACUGAUGGACGCAUUGUAAAGGGACGACAAUAUGCCUGGGGUGUCGCAGAAGUCGAGAACGAAGAGCACUGUGAUUUCAAGAAACUCCGCUCCAUCCUUAUCCGAACCCACAUGCUCGACCUCAUCCACACUACCGAAGAGAACCACUACGAAGCAUACCGCGCCCAGCAAAUGGAGACGAGGAAAUUCGGUGAAGCCAGACCCAGAAAAUUGGACAAUCCCAAAUUCAAGGAGGAAGAAGAGGCCCUGCGAAAGAGAUUCACUGAGCAAGUCAAGGUCGAAGAACAGAGAUUCAGAGCUUGGGAGCAGAAAUUGAUUGCAGAGAGAGAUCGCUUGAACAAGGAUUUGGAGUCGACUCACGCUGCUAUCAAGCAAUUGGAGCAAGAACUGGAGCAGAUGCAAGGCAGUGCGGUUCGAAGCCACGGUCGUCGCUAGAUUUCGUGCAAUGGUUUUGCUUCUCAAAAAGUCCCUGGUGGUGUAUGGCUGCUAUGGACUCUGGUAGUCCUGUCCAAUGCAGGCUAGGAUGGUGUACUGGAGCUUCGAGCGAGCGAUUUGUGGUUAGCAUGGCUACGAAAUACCUUUCUAAUGUCAGACUUGUUUCUUCCCGAUA